CCCGUCGCCGCCGGCCCGAGCGCGAGACCCCCCCGGCGGGUAGCCAUGGAAGGGUCGGAGGCGAGGUUCCUGGAGAAGCUGGUGCUGUACGCGGCCAGCGCGGCGCUCAGCUGCCUGGUCAUGUUCGCGGGGCUCCGCCACCUCGACCCGAACCGGGAGGCCUCCAAGAAGGCCCUCGAGCACAAGAAGGAGAUCGCCAAGCGGCUCGGUCGGCCCCUCGUCCAGACCAAUCCGUAUGAGGAUGUGAUAGCAUGUGACGUCAUCAAUCCUGACCAUAUUGAUGUGGAAUUUGACUGUAUUGGAGGAUUGGAAACCAUUAAACAUGCUCUCUUUGAACUGGUUAUUCUUCCGCUACGAAGACCUGAUCUUUUCUCACAUGGAAAACUUCUUGGUCCCCAAAAAGGUGUUUUGCUCUAUGGACCACCUGGUACUGGAAAGACCAUGCUUGCCAAAGCCAUAGCAAAAGAGUCUGGAGCUGUUUUUAUUAAUGUGAGGAUAUCAAACUUGAUGAGCAAAUGGUUUGGAGAUGCUCAAAAACUUGUGGCUGCCGUGUUUAGCUUGGCUUACAAAUUGCAGCCGGCUAUCAUAUUCAUUGAUGAAGUCGAUAGUUUCCUGGGCCAGCGUAAAACUACUGAUCAUGAGGCAUUAACGAACAUGAAGACUGAAUUCAUGGCCUUAUGGGAUGGUUUCACGACAGAUCAGAAUGCUCGGGUUAUGGUUCUUGCUGCAACCAAUCGUCCAUCUGAACUUGAUGAAGCAAUACUUCGCCGUCUUCCUCAAGCUUUUGAGAUUGGUAUACCUGAUCGCAGGGAGAGGGCUGAGAUACUGAAGGUGAUCUUGAAGGGUGAGAAAGUUGAACAGAACAUUGAUUUUGACUACCUUGCCAGCUUGUGUGAAGGGUACACAGGCUCAGAUCUGCUUGAACUCUGCAAGAAGGCGGCUUAUUUUCCAAUCAGGGAUCUAUUAGAUGAAGAGAAGAAGGGAAGGCCUUCUCAAGCACCAAGGCCCUUAUUACAAUCUGAUUUGGAGAAAGUUCUCAUGACCUCAAAAAAGACCAAGCUUGCAGCCAGUGAAUACACCAGGUUGAGCUCACAGUCACCCAGUUGGCCAAGGAAUAGCGAGUCCGACGAUUAUCAGGUUCAAGCCGCCAUGAACGAGCUAUCGAGGCUGGUCCUCUCCCAGAUCAUGAACCUCCGACCGGAUUCGCAGGAUUCUUGAAGGGGGGUCCGUCUCCAUCUUAAGCCUCCUCUUGUCUGUAGAAUCUGUCCUCUAAUAUCUUUUUGUCUGCUUUAAUACUCAGCACCGGAUGCAUCAAAUCAUAUUUCCUUCUGGAAAAUUUGGAACUUGUCACCAAUUUUUUUUUCUUUUGUGCUCUGUGGUUCAAUUAGUUUGAAGAUGGCUAGUAGGGGACGAGUUCUUAAUGAAUACAUAUGGGGAAGUAAAUCGACAUUCCAUGUCAUGACAGGUUUCAGAUUUUAAUGGGAGGGCAAUUAACUCAUUCUUUUGUAA